CCCAGCUCUAAUGUUGAUGGUAAACAAGAGCGGAGAAGGUGGCCUUAUUACGGAAUAAAUGUUUAAUUUCAUGUUAUAAGCUUUUGCUGGGGAUUGUCAACGCAAUUUUUUGUGGACGGAAGGCAGGAUCAUGGGUGAAAUAGAGUUGGGAGCAGCUGCAGAGGCCACCAUCAUGGCCUACAAAGAAUUGGCCACUGAUCCUGGCAAGCGAUUAGCUCUAGCACUGGAUCGUACGUGUAUCCAAUUUUUGGCAUAUGUCGUGGCUGAAGGAGAAGGGUCAUUGGUGAAGGCAGCAAUAGAAACACUAUCCCUUAUUGCACAAGCCAUAGAAUGCAGACAGUCGUUAGCAAACACUUUUGGUGUUCUUGAAUCACUGCAAGCUGUUACAGAGGACGAGGAAUGUUACAGUGACGAAUUACGGGAUGAAGCAGCAGCUCUUUUUACAAGCCUCCAAUACGCGCGUUAUAUGAAAAAGUCUCGCAGUCCCCAGACUCCAACUGCCAGCCCUAAGCCAGAACAAGAGGAAAAAAAGACAGACAGUGUAGACAGUGCACCAAAGAAAAAUCCCAGUGAGGAAAGCUCCUCAGUAAAUACUUCCCAAAUGAAUAAAGGCUGUGUAGAGAAGUCCCCACAUAGAACAGACAGUGUUGAAAGCAAAAGCCCAGAAGGGUCCCCAAAGAAAACUGAAGACACUGAGGGAUCUCCAAAGAAAGCAGAUUCUGCAAGAAGCAGCAUAGGCAGUAGAUCUCUGUCUACAGAUGAAGAGCUUUCCAGACUUGAGAAAAAAAUGCGUCAGCCAACGGAAAUGAAAGGUGGCUUCUUGGGACCAAACAAUUCUAAAGCAAAGAUAGUCACUCUUUUCAUCAAAGGAAUGGUUGCCCCUGAACACCGCAAACAAGUCGAAGAGGAACUGGUCAGGGUCCGCGGACUCAUUAGCAUUGUGUUUGACUUGGGACGUUCCCGGGUCACUUGCAGAGUGAAACGGGAUCUCUCUGUUGACAAACUCGCAGCUGCUGUUGCCCGCACUGAGAGUCUGUCUGCUCAGCAGGUUACUACUAAUGCAAAUGGGGAGGAGGAAAUACUCCCUCUUGGCGGUGGAUCCACAGACACGACAUCUCCAGUUGAUGAUCUCCCAGAUUACUUACCCGAGGAUGACAUAGUGGUCAAAGAUUCCAAGUCGGCCAUGGCUCCAACAGGCUCCUUCAAAGAAACUGCUUCCUCUUGGUUUGCCACAGCCUCCAACCUCCUCCAGAAGUCCUUCUACUGGUGACUGUGUGUCGUCCUCACUUAGUCCAAUAUUUAUUUGAAUGUGCUGGAGAUAUAGCUGGAGUUUGUCAAGUUUGUUGCUAUUUGGAAAGAGAAUGAUUUGAUUGUUAAGGAAAAUUGUUUUGAAGCUGAUCAUGCAAAUGUACUACACGUUGGUCUUCUGGUGUGCUGGAGUAUAGAAUUUUAUGAAAUUUUUAAUACUGAAGUUGCUAUGCUAUAUGGAGGGUGCUAAGGAAUUGUAUUUCAUGGUGCACAAGACUAUUGUUGGGCUAGAAUGAGAUGAUGUAUCUGCUCUGAUAUUUAAACAGGAUAUAUAAUCACACAACAUAUCAGUGUUUCUUUGUUAUUCCUAUUUUAUUCAAGGGGAAAUUUCAUUGUAUUUAUUAUCAAGAGUCCAUUGUUUCUUUGUCAUUCACAUUUUAUUCAAAGGGAGACUUCACUGUAUUAUCAAAGUCAAGGUAGUGUGUCAGCUAAACAACUGCUUUCCUCAUGUUUUGAUGUGAUAUUUUCCUGAAUUGAAAGGAGUUGGUGAAUGUGUGAUGUCAGUUAUACAGCGAUAUUUAUUUCCUACGGAGAGACAAAUGCAUAUUUAUAGAAUGUGGUUUAACCAUAACGCUUUGCAUUUUAAGUGAGGCAGUUAAAUACCCUCAAGAGUGUAACUUCUGCAGCAUAACCAGUACUCUGUGCUGUUUUACUUGACAUUCAUUUCCCUUUUAGCAUGUACACAAAUUGUCACUGCAUUUACAGAUUAUUAUCCUAAAUAGCAGCCCAGUAUUAGCCACCAAUGCUUUCAGUAUUGUUAGACAUGUAUAGCAAACUGUUAUGACACUGAGUGCUUGUUAUUAUUGAUAAAGCUUUGAUAGACAAAAAAAAAAAGCUUUAUGUUUUUGUAAAUAUGAUUAGAACAUUAUGAUAAGCUUUAAGCUUUUAUUACCUUGUACUAAAUGUAAUCAUUCCUUAGGUAGCCAAACAUAAGCAAAGAUAUAGUAUGUAGUAGCCAGAGUUACUGAUUGUUGGUUUGGUAACAUUUUCCACAGCCAAUAUUUAGUUGUUUAUUGAUUUAUGGUCUGCAGUGUUUCCGUUUAUGAAAGAUUAUCAAAAGUUUUUUUUUGUAUAAAUAAGCCAAACUUUGUGUUUUUCAUGUGCCUAAAUAUGUGGUAAGUCGUGAUUGAUAAUGUUGCCCGUCCUUCUUCAAACUGUGUGUAGCUGUCAAAUAAUCUUAAUGUCAUUUGUAUCUAUAUUAGUGGUUUUCCUUGAAUUGUUAUGUAAUUGCUGUUUCAAGUAACUUUUAUUUGACAAAUGACUUAAAAAUUUUAAAAGAUUUUUUUUUUUCUUUUGCUGUGGAGUUAUGUCUUGUGUCUGCCAAAUGUUGAAGUGGAUUUAGAUGAUAAUGAAUGUAUAUUUUUGUAACUAGGAUGUAUGGCUACAGUUGAUAGUUUAUUUCCAUAGUUUGCUGGAGAAAUUUGUCUUGUUGUCCUCCAUAUAUUUUGCAAAGGUAGUACCCAAAUGGCUCUUUGCAAUAUAAUCUUUAAUAGUUUUUCUUUGAAACAUUUAUUAAGGGUGUUCUAUAUUACAUGUAACCUCUGAGUUGACAGUUUAUAUUGUAAUAGUUCCAAGUCAGAGCUCAUCCUUUACCAAAGGUAGAGACAAUGUUAAUUCCAUACUAGAUAAUACAGUGUUUGCACAUUCCAUGUCGUGGCUUCAGAAAAAUAUAGAUGUAAAUAGUCUCACUCUCA